AGAUACUGUUUGUUACUAGGCACCAUGUCGCGUUGGUCGCAUCCACCUCCACCAGCAGGUUGCUAAGGAAAAUGUCUCUGAAGAGAGUUUGCGGUUUAUUUCGUCGUCUUCACAGUGGAAAACAUCUUCUCUGAAGCGGCGACUGCAACCGCGGAAUACCGUCUGUCUGUAGGCGUCAUGUGAGACCUCGGUGCCGUACGGCUAAAGUUAGCUAACCGAGAGCAGUAAGUUAGUAAGACUCGUCAUCUGCUCUUCUGAAUAAUCCUCACUUUGACCUAUCAUGUUCAACCCCAGUGAACUCGAAGGUGAAGUGGAUCAUUCAUUUUUUGAUAGUGACGAUGAUGGCCUUGUCAGGGAUAAGCAGAAAAAGAUGGAGAGCCCAUCGGCACAUGAGAGACUUCAAGCAAAACAGAUGGAAAAAACAAAAGCUGUUGUUUCUCCGAGAACUGAUGGGACCAAACAACACCUGAAGCAAGUAAACAACAACAGAGGCAGAGAGGGAGGGAGAGACAACAGCUAUUGGUCAAAGGAAGAAGAGAGGAGCAGAUCAUCACAAGUAUCAUCUGUUGCCUCUAUGUCAGAUAAAGUCAUCAGUAAUAUCAGUGAUAGUGAGGAAGAUGACAAUUCACAAACUAAAAAGCAUGGGAGGACAUUCAUGGCUUUGUUGGCUGAGUCCAGUGAUGUACAUGAUAAGAGUAUGGAUGAGUCUGAUGCAGAAACAUCACCAUCCAGUGCCAAACAUUCAGGCUCAAGAUUGAAAAAGAAACAAUAUCCUAAAAAACUGUCAAGAAACCGGCACACCAGAAGUCCGUCCUCCACUUCAACAGAGUCCAGUGGAGACGCCGACUCGGAGAGUUGUUCCAGCAGUAAUAGUGGGACAAGCUCUUCGGGGUCCCCCACCUUUCACAAAUAUAAGAGGUCCUCUUCAUCUCCUGGACGGAGGAGGGCCAGAGUGGAUUCAGCAGGAUCAAGGGACAGCCGUAACAAGGAGUCGGAGUCGAUGACAGAUGUAAGCCCCCUCUCCUCACCUGACAUCAGCCCUCGGCAGUCGUUUGACCUGAACCAUGGAGAGGCUGGUGGUGGAAGCCUUAAAGAGCAGCAGCAGCAGCAGCAGCAGCAGCAGCAGCAGCAGCAGCAGCAGCAGCAGCAGCAGCAGCAGCAGCAGCAGCAGCAGCAGCAGCAGCAGCAGCAGCAGCAGCAGCAGCAGCAGGCGGAGAGUGUGCCCUCCAGUGGCCUCAGCAAUAUACAUCACAAUGAGACCUUGGAUCAGGAUGUGGAUGAAUGCUCUUUCACAUCAGAGAGUCAACUCGGAGGAAAACUGGACUUCCGCUAUUCUGGAGGGAAAAACAGGAAGAACUACUCAUUCAGAAAUGAAGAGGUCCGACGUAUCGAUCAAGAGAACCAGCGGCUUCUUCGGGCGCUGUCGCGUCUCUCUGUAGGGUCCAGACCAAAAAGUGCAUCGGGGAAGAGAACCAGUAAAACUGGCCUCUCGCCUGUUGUCCGUCACUGUCCCAGUGCACUCAAUAGGCAGCGGGAACAGAAACGCAUCGAGAGGGAAAACCUAGCUUUGCUGAAGAGACUCGAAUCUGCCAAACCCACACAGAGUUUGAGGCGCUCAGAGCAACUGGCACACUACCAGCGCCAAACUGGAUAUUUGGAAGGCAGUAAAUUCUCAGUGAGCCCCAGGUCUGCCACUCACCACAGGUCCGGACCAGUACCUACCAUCACACCUGUGCCCGGGUCAAAGCAGCUGGGUGCAGCCCGACCGGCCUGGUGCUGAAAACACUGCUCUUUUUAGCCAUUUCAUCUGACUACUUUUACAUUGUUCUCCAUUCACCAGAACAGGUAAAGUCUGGAAGUCAUAAAGGAUUCUGUUUUUCAUCUCAUCAAAUCUAUCAGCUAUUCAGUGACUGUGUUGUCAUGUUUCUCUAUUAUUUAAGAAAUUGACACUUGUCUGCUCCUCGAUGUUAAGGUGUAGCCAACGAUGCUCUGGGCUCAAAUUUAUUGUAAUGCACUCAGUGUAGCCGGUAGCUUGCUGUAUUUGGAUUGAAAAUGAUGCCUUUGUUUCAACAGCUGAUACAAAAUUAUAUAUAUAUAUAUCAAAAUAACAAACUAUUUUAUUUAAUGAAAUGCCAUUUCAAUUAAAUCUGCAUUUUGUCACAUCUGAGUUGUUAAUGUUUUUACAUGAUUAUUUGUCAGGUAAUAUUUGUUGUUAUGUUAUUAUUGUUCCUUACAAAAUAAAGCUGCCUUUUACCCUAUAGUUGGCAGUGUGAUAUUUACAACUAGGAAAAUGGCAAGCAGUAACAAAACAUGUUAUAUCUUUUCUACUAAAAAGAGCCAAAAACAGAA